CGCACUCAGUGUCCAACCGCGCCGCAACGCACCGUCGCACGCACACGCAAGCGCGCCUAACGAACUAUUACUUUAUAAUAUUAUUAUUAUUAUUAUUAUUAUCACUGAUAUUAUUGGUGUACACUCGUGCGGACGCGGAACGUAUAACGCGAACAGGAACACAUUGUGUCGUUACCGUCGACGCGUUUCGCGCAGAGAUUUCCGCGAUCGCUUCGGCACGUCUCCACUGCAGCAGAUUCGAUGAGACGAGACGUAACCGCUACUACACUCGUCGGCGUGGUUCCCGAAAUGUACCGGUCGCGUUGUUAAAACGGCUUACUGCGCGAGAUCGCAUUUAAAUCGUUCGAAGUGACCGAGCCCGUUGCGCAGGCUCUAUCGUCCGCACACAAUAGCACCUGCAAUACAUACGAUCGGACUCGUACGAGAUCGUGACCGUAAUUGUAGGUACUGUGAAGACAAUCGUCGUCUCCGUCGAGGUUUAGUGCUGCGGUCAAUUUUUUUCGCGCGGCUAACGGUGGUCUGAACGGAAAUCGUCGUCGCGUAGUCGUCAACAUGGUCGACGAGACCAAGUGCAGUUCGGUCGAGGACGGUACGACCACGGACGAGGAUCGGGACGUCCGCGUCGAUUCCGGCGGAUCGGACGAGGAGCUGUGCAUGGACGAAGAGGACGAGGACGACGUGUCGUCACCCACCUCGGCGGCGCCCGGCGCCCUGACUUUCGGCAUAUCCCGUCUGUUGGCCGGGGGCGGCGGCGGCGGCGGCGGUGAACGCGGCGCCGACGAACUGGCGUCCAAGCGCUCGGCGUCCUGCGCCGGCAUGGCCGCGGCCGCCGUGUCCGGUCCAGCGGAGGCGCUCGCUUCGCUGUACGCGGCCGGACAUCACCACGCGGCCGUGUUCGGUCUUCACCACCACCUGCACCAACAACAGCACAUGGCCGCUGCCGCGGCCGCUGCUCACCAAGCAGCAGCUGCGGCCGCGGCUGCGGCCAACAAACCGGCCGACGACAAGACAUACCUACAGUACUCGGGGGCAGCGGGCGUAAUCAAGGUUCCAGCACACCGGCCGCACCCGUCAAACGGAAGCGGGGGCGGCGGCGCGCCUGGUCCGAUGCAGUCCCCGUGGGCCGCGGCCGCAGCCAUCGACCCUGUGUCGUUCAUGCAGCGCAACGCUUUCCUGUUCGCCGCUGAUAAGAACCGACUGGCAGCGGGACGUUCAAUAACGUUGUGGAUAAUAUCGUAAAAAUAUUCAUCAGAUAAGUUAGUUGUUUACUGCAGAUAUAAUA